AUGAAGAAUCUCGCCCACAGGGGGCUCUGCAGGUUGAGAGACUCUCCGGGGGGGGGAGAGAAGGGCUACAUCAAAGACCAGGUGUUCUGCUGCGCACUGGCUGCCCUGUGUGAACGCGAGAGGAGCCCGGUGCCACGCUUUGUGCAGCAGUGCAUCUGCACGGUCGAGGCUCGGGGGCUGGACAUUGACGGGCUCUACCGCAUCAGUGGAAACCUGGCCACCAUCCAGAAGCUGCGCUAUAAGAUGGACCACGAUGAGCGUCUGGACCUGGACGAUGGGCGCUGGGAGGACGUCCACGUGAUCACGGGCGCCCUGAAGCUCUUCUUCCCAGAGCUGCCUGAGCCCCUUUUCCCCUUCUCACACUUCAGCCAGUUCAUCGCGGCCAUCAAGCUGCAGGACCAUGCCCAGCGCAGCCGCUGUGUGCGUGACCUGGUGCGCACCUUGCCCGCCCCCAACCUCGACACGCUGCGGGUGCUCUUCCAGCACCUGUGCAGGGUGAUCGAGCACGGGGAGCAGAACCGCAUGUCGGUGCAGAGCGUGGCCAUUGUGUUCGGGCCCACAUUGCUGCGGCCUGAGACGGAGGAGACCACCGUGCCCAUGACCAUGGUGUUCCAGAACCAGGUGGUGGAGCUCACCCUGCAGCAGUGCUCGGAGAUCUUCCCACCGCACUGACUGCGGAGCUGGGAUGUGCAGCGGCGACCGUGGUCUGGCCACGCAGGUUGGUGGCUGGAGGCCAUGAGGCUGGACUUUGUGAGAACCUCCGCCUCCCACAGUCCGCAGGCACAGUGAUCGCUGCAGCCCUCGAUUACGAGGGGAUGGUGACCCCUGGUGGGGUCACAGUUUGCAAAAUGUGAUUUUUUUUUCCUUCCCUGGUGUGUCCUGUUUCGGGUUCGUUAGGUUCUGCUCUUUAUUACAGCGCCACCUACUGUUCAGGUCUGCGAAUGUGAAGGGGGUGGGGGGAUGAGCAUUUGUUUUCGGGGACCACUGCUGGGAGGAGGAAUUUGGAGAGGGACUGCAUCUGGCCCAGGCCUUCGCAGAGACCCCGUGAGCGCCAGCCCUGUGCAAGCCCCGUCCCAGUCAGGAAGCAGCUAUUGACAAUAUCCCUGCCACUGACAAGGCAGGACUGACCCCUACUUCCAGCCCAGGCCACCCAACCUGCCUCCUUCUGCCUAAGGCAUGACUGGCUCCUGCGCCAUGUGGCUGACUGAGGACAGUUUCAUCUGCUUUCUUGUUUGGAGUUCCUCACCUCUGCCCUCCCUGAACCACUCGUGUUCUGUGAAAGGGUUCUUCGCACCGACUAGAUGUGUACCCAGGUCCUGCUACCUGGCAUGCUCCUUUGCCACCGGCCAUCCCAUCUUACAGAUGAGGAAAGGGAGGCUUGCAGAGGUGAAGUGGUUUAUUCAGGGUCCAGGGAGUGAUCUGAUUCCCAGCAAAGCUCCUCCUACACCAGACAAAACCUCCGGUGUGGGGGGGUUACCAAUCCUUUCAGCCCCCUCCUCCACCACUGCAGUAUGGGCCUAUGGGCAGAGCAGAGAAGCUAAGCUGGGCAAGUUCAGGGAUGGCCUGGGGCCAUCCCUGAAGGCAAAGAAGGAAACUAACCCAGCUGUUCUUUUUUUGGGAGGGGGACAUAGCACUGGUCAGAGCCCCCAUCCCUCUCAGAACCCUGGCUGUCACAUGUACCUAUCUGGUGCCUACUUUGCUGUGAAGAGCCGGGAGAGGCCUGUGAGGUGCGGAGAGGAAAAAACGGCCUUAGGAGAAGGAGGGGUGAACCCGGGAGUCAGCAGAGUCUCUUCCCUCCUUGUGCACAACCCACCUCACUUGAUGGAUCUCGACCCCCAGCCCCACCCACCCUCAUUGAUUCAACAGACAAUAAUAGCUAGUAUUUAUUGGGCAUUCGCACCAUGCCAGCAUUUUAUGUGGAUUAUCCCACUUGAUCCUCACUGUCAAUAUUUAUUGUGUGCCCUCAUGUGCCAGGCACUGUGCUCUGGGGCAGGGGUACAGCACAUGCAUCUGCCCUGGUGGAGCUUAGGGUCCAGUGGAGGAGGCUGACCCAAGCCCUGCCCUGAUGCUGUCAGAGCUGGGCAAGAGAACAAAUGGAGGCCUCCUACUAGAUGGCUGCAUAUUUAAAAGCUCUAAGUCAAGCUGACAACUGUUAAAUAAAACAUGUUCUAUUCUCCUGCUUUGGGAAAUGUACUUUGAUAAUGACCUGGAAGGCCAGAUUCUAAACUUCUUUGACUUUUCUGAGGUCCAUACCAGAGCGGGGUGGCACGAGAAGAGCUGGCCCUAGCCCUCAGCCUGCUCUGGAUCUUCUACCCACAGAGCCUCCUACCCCAAGGAAUGACCCAUGUCCAUGAGUGCAUACUUCUGGUACCUCCUGCACCCAGCUGUCACUUGGCUAUCACUGGUGACACAUAAGGGCCCAGGGCUAGGGCACUGGGGCAGGGGCUUCUGGGGUUCCCGGUAUUAGCAUCUGGUCUAAAGGGAAAGUUCCGGCCUCCAAGAGGGCCCCAUAGAUUUUUCACCCUGUGGAGAGAGCCACAAACAGAGGGGGUCCUGCCUGGAGCCCUCUUCAGCAGGAGACCCACAUGGGGGACCCUGUUGCUGGAGGCUGUGG